UGUCAUUUACUCUUUGUUUACUAUGCUCCUACUGUAUUAUAAAUUGCAAAUCUCGACGUAAUUUCGGGGUGAACUGUCUUCAUUUUCUAAUAAGUCUCCUGCCCAAGUCUCUUUAAAUAAUUACUGAUUUGCUAAGAUAAAUAACAAGUUUGGCUACUGCCUCUGCACAUACCGGAAUAUGCAAGCACCCGCUUUACGAAGAUUUUUCCAACCAAUUCACUAUCGAUUGAGCGUUAUAUAGCAUGGCGAGCAUUACAGUUGCCUCCAAUUCAAUUGUCUUGGAAGUUCUUAACCAACAUAACUAUAAAGAAUGGAGUUCUCGGGUUGAAACUUACUUGUUGGCCGAAGAUCUUUGGGAUGUCGUCAACAUGAAACCUCCUGAACCAGAAGAGAGAGAAGUUGAAUACAAGGCUUGGAAGACAAAGAAUGCCAAGGCUUUACAUGCAAUUAAAAUUUCUUGCGGGACUCAACCAUUUUCUUUUAUCAAUGAAACCCGCACAGCCAAGAUGGCCUGGGAGGUCUUGGAGAAACAGUUCAAAUCACAUGACACAUUACGUUUAGAAAAAAAAGAGAGAGAAGAGAGAAACAGAUAUCUUUAUACCAAAAUCGAUGAUGCGAGGGAGGAGUUGACAACAGCUGAUGAAGACUUGGAAAUAAAAUCUGGUGAAGGAGGAAAUCAGAACAGUUCCAACUAUCACUUCGACUCCAGCUAUGAACCUUUCUUUGAUUCUGUUGUGAAUGGUGACUGGGAUAAUGCUAAGGAGUGCCUUGCUACAUUACUACUUCCUAAUGUACUAAGAGCAAGAAGUCCAGCAGCUAGAGGAUCUACAGCUCUUCACAUUGCAGCGAGGGAAGGGCAUGUGCAUAUUGUAAAAGAGUUGGUGUUGUUGAUGACUCAAGAAGAUCUGGAAAUAAGAGAUGAUAAUGGUUGCACCGCUCUUCACAUAGCAGUACAGAAGGAGAAUGUGGACGCUGUGAAAGAGGUGGUGCCGUUGAUGAGACAACAGGGCUUGGGAAUAAAAAACAGAAAUUAUGGUGAAACUGCUCUUCAUGUAGCAGCUGGGAGUGGGAAUGUGAGUAUUGCGAAAGAGUUGGGAGAGUUGAUGAGGGAAGAAGAUUUGGAAAUAGGAAACUCCAACAAUUGCCACGCUCUUCACAUAGCACUCUUGAAAGGGCAUGUGCAUAUUGGGAAAGAGUUGGUAGCAUUGAUGAGAAAAGAAGCUUUGGAAAUAAAUGAUGGACAAGGCUAUACUGCUUUAGGUCGUGCCAUAAGGUUAUGCCACCAGCGAGGAGACGAGUACAGUGAAGGAGCUGUGAUCGAAAUGAUUAAACCCAUGGUUGCAAAGAACCAGAAAAUACUUGGCAUUGUGGCUUCUCCCAAUGACUACAUUCCAGUUGUGGAGGCUUGCAUGUUGUUAAAAUUCCUAUUGGGCCGCUAUCUCUAUUCCGUUACUCCACGGGAAGCUUUAAUUCCGCCAAAGAACAGAUGGCAAGGUGCUUCACUAUUUGUGUUUUGUCUUGGAGCGAAGGAAUUUGAUAUUCCGUGGGACUUACUUUCAAAUUGCCCAAGGUUGGCCACGGUUGAAACUGUACAUGGAGGCAAUUCUCCGAUCUUGGUAUUGUCUCGUAUGCACUCUGCAUUCUUAAGUGGAAUGCAACUCAAAUUUUGGCAAAAAUGGAUCUAUGAAAGUAUAAAUAUACAAGCUCCCGCUAUUUUUGAUAUUCAUGAUCUUUCUAUACCUAUUUCAAUCUCAGAAGAUGAUGGAGGUACUCAAAGGGAUGUCGUUGUCUCAGCUGUGAGUUUACAUAAAAGGCUCGUUAAAAGCCUCCUUGAUGUUUUGGGAAUCAAUCGCAUAUAUGAAAUGAAAUUGAUCCAUGUUCGGAUGUUUGAAUUUAUACGUUGCAUGGGUGAAGCCACAAGAAAUAGGGAUGAUCUUACACUUGUGCAACUUAAUUUGAUGAAGAAAUCAAUCUUCGAAGCUAUAGAACGGGGGGAUCUUGAGUUUAUCACUCGUAUUUGUAAAGCAAAUGCAGAACUUGUGAACAUCUUGGAUGAAAAAGGAAGAAGCAUAUUUCAUUUCGCCAUUGAAUGUCGUCAAGAAGAAAUUUAUUCUCUUAUCUACGGUCUUGGGGAAGAAAAGAGAAAUCUAUAUGGAAUUAACACAGCGUGCUUUAAAAAUAGUAUGCUACAUGCUGCAGGGAAUUUAUCUCCCUUUUCACAGUCUAAUCAUAUUCAAGGUGCAAGUUUGCAAAUGCAAAGAGAAUUGCAAUGGUUUAAGGAGGUCGAGAGUAUUGUUCCUCUAGCAGCACAUGAGACUCGAAAUACUUCAGAUGAUUUGACAGCUCGUGAACUAUUUCAUAAGAAUCACGAGAAAUUGAUGGUGGAGGCAGAAAUAUCAAUGAAAGGGACAGCAACUUCUUGUACAGUUGUAGGUGCUUUGAUUGUUACCAUCAUGUUUGCCGCAGCAUUCACAAUUCCUGGUGGAAAUAAUGGUACAUCAGGCCUUCCAAUGUUCAUAAAUGAAAACUUGUUUUUGGUGUUUAUAGCUUCAGAUACUAUAUCCCUCAUUUUUUCCACAACUUCAGUUAUUAUAUUUUUGGGAAUCCUCACAUCACGUUAUGCAGAAGAGGAUUUCCUCCAAAACUUACCCACAAAGAUGAUGAUAGGUCUUUUAACCCUUUUCAUCGCUAUUGCCACCAUGAUGAUCGCAUUUUCUUGUGGCCUUGUCAUUAUGCUUCGUGGAAAAUAUUCAUGGGUUCCUAUUCCAGGCAUCUUGGUUGCUAGUAUCCCAGUGACCUCAUUUGUGUGGAUGUUGUUUCCCCUCCUUGUGCAGACUUUCAUUUCUACUUAUGGACCGGGAAUAUUCAACAGGAGAGUCAAACAGUGGUAUUGAAUUCUGAUGUUAUUCGUGGUGUAUAUCUCUGGAUUUGCUGCUCAAUCAGAUAAUUCAUCCAAAGUCAGUUUUUAUUCAAGUUGUAUUUAAUUAGUUUUGGAUUUCGUUUCAGAUUUCACUGUUGUUUCAUUGUUGGCAGUAAGGUAUUAUACUAUUCAACAAGCUUUUUCACCCAAUUGUUCUCCAUGCUUUGUAGUUCACUUUGUUACAAAUUAGUAUUGAACAACAGGAACAAAUUUAUUUUGACUUCCUGAAGAUGGUAGCCAAAAAAAUAAAAGUAGAGUCUGUGUAG